UGGAGGAGUCAUUGCACUCAGGGGACCCUUCUCUCCUGAAGGGUCACCUGUGGGGCCAGUUGUAACCAGUUCCCUUAUCGAAGCUGGGGGGCAGAGUGUGGCACUCUGGCUCCUGCGGGGAUCUGGCAGGAGGCAGCUGAGCUCCCUCCGGGCAGAGAGUGGGGAUAUAAGGAGAGGGAUCCAUGGGCAAAGCAGCGACACGGUGCCGAGCUGGCAUAGGAUAGGAUACGAUAUAGGAUAGGAUGCAUCUCCCGGCUCUCUGCUGCGGGGCCUCGCUGCUACUGCUCGUCCUACCGUGGGCCGGAACGCAGCCGGCCGGUGGCGAGCACGGCGCGGAGCUGCGGUCCCUGCAGGACCUCCUGGAGGCGCUGGGGCAGCUCCGGGAGGAGGAAGGGGAAUCGGGCCCGGAGGACGAGUCGGCGACCGGGGCUGAGGACGGCGGCUCCGAGUGGGAGCUCUCGGGGCCGGAGGGCGGCCCGCCGGGGACCCCACUGCCGGCAGAGGGGUGGCAGAGCCAGUGGAGGAGUCUCCUCUCCUCCUACAGACGGAGGCACUUCUCCGGCUGCUUUGGGACGAGGAUGGAGAGGAUCGGCGCGCAGACGGGGCUGGGAUGCAACCAGUACAAAGCCCGUUUCUGGAGGAGAGGGAGAAGCUGAAACCAGGGCCGGCUCCCAGGCGCUUCCAUGCCGGUGUCCAGCAGCCAGCCAGCCAGGCUAUACCUGGAGCCUCUGCCACGGUGGGGUGUGGGGCAUUAAACUUUUGUACAAAGCCU